CUAGACAAAUCAAAACAAGAAAUACUGCAGAGAGCCGUAUGAUCUUUGAGUAGGACAUCGGUGUUUCGAGUGAGUGCAAACAGGAGAAAGACAUCACUAGCUAAACUCCAAGCAGCGAAUUGCAAGCCAUGGCGUUGUCGAUAUUACGGGUGGGCCUGCAGGGCAGGAUGACGUCUCAGUCCAUUCGGCUAUUACCUGCCAUCGUAAUGACUGAACGUCGUGCUGGAAUCACUCACAAAUCUCUACGGAAGCCUAAGGACAUCAAGCCAUUCCCAUAUGAGACAAAAAAGUACGGUGUCAUUCAGGGGUUCUUGGAUGAUACUGCUAAACGACUUGAUGAGAAUUCGCGCAUCAUAGUCGUUGAGGGUAGUAUUUGUUCGGGAAAAAGCACACUUGCUAAGACGAUCGCUGAAGAAUUCGAUUUUCUCCAUUUUCCAGAGGUGAACAUGGAUAUGCAAUUCAUUGAUGACACCGGCUUCGAUGUUCGAUCUCUUCAGCAUGUGUUUCCGGAUAUAUUAAGACCGUUUGACGAAAAAUUGUUCUACGAACGUCCUGAUUCUAAAAUGGUUGCCAAUUUUCGGAAUGAGUUGCUCUUCAUUCGUAUCGAGCAGUACUGUGACGCGAUGGCGCACCUGCUCAACACCGGCCAGGGCAUCGUACUGGAGCGGUCACCUUUCUCAGACUACGUCAUCGUAAAGGCGCUUUACAAAUGCGGAUAUAUAACCGAAAAUGAUGUUAAAGCUCAUGGCGACUGCUGCAUCCACGCGUUCCCCUAUAUUUAUAGGCCUCAUCUAGUCAUAUAUCUCGAUGUACCCGUUGACAUCCUUCAGAAGAGAAUCAAAGACCGUGGUAUUGAUUACGAGGUGAACUCGAAAAUUCGCUGGCUUGAUUAUCUUAAAGGCAUUAAGGAUCUAUACGAAGAAUAUUAUCUGCCCAGCAUUCGUGAGCAAUCUGAAGUGCUCAUCUACGACUGGAGCGAGUUUGGUGACUAUAAGGCAGUCAUCGAAGACAUUGAGCGUAUUGAUUUCGAAAAAGCGAUGAACGACAGUCACAGCUUAAAAUUUUCAGACUGGAAAGAAAAAAAUAGUCGAGAUUGGAUGGAGAUACGUUACUUGGUCACUACGGAUAAGCUGUCUGUCGUCAAUAAGGCUUACACAACACUUCGUUUCAAUACACCUGACCUCAUUGCAGACUCGGAAGAGAUCGAAGCAUUUAUUCUUGCGAAGAACAAGUAUUUUCCUACAUGGGCUCCAGGAUGGGACCCUAAAAAUGGUACUCGUUAUCUAUGGAAAAAUCAUAAGAUAAGCUAUCGGGAAGCUCUUAAGUAUGCAUAUCGUACACGAUAGAUUAUUAAUGAUCUUAACCACCCCAGCUAUGCGUGUUCGGUCUGGGAAGCAUACGACUGGGGAAAAUCACGCCGAAACGAAGAGAAAUAGGGUGAUAACGAUGCAGUAAAAGUUAUUCUCAUUCGGAAAUACGGACGGCGACAUGGCUGUAGCAUAGAAAAUAAAAACACACUAACCGGAGUAAAAAAGAAUUAUAUAUAGACACAGAAGCAAUGAUUAGGUGAAUGUCGCCGAUGAUGAUAAUGAUUGUGAUCGAUGGCGUACGAGGAACUGAAAAUUAGUGAACGAUGGGAAUAGUCGUAACUCACAAUUAAAUUCGACGAGCGCAAGGAAAAGAUAUUUAAAAAAUAACUGGCUGCGGUUUAUAGAUUUUGCUCUUAGUUAUGUAAAUAAAUAAAAAAAAACCGUUGAAGCACUG